AUGCGAAGCCUGCUCAGAAAGUCGGUGUGGGGAAGUGUAACCCGUACACGAAGGUCAUACCAUGCAUCAGUCCUCCCGUCACUGAUAUCGAAAUCAACACCGGAAUUCCAGGCUAAAUCUGCAGCUAUGGAUGAGCUGGUCAGAGACUUGGAAGAAAAGACGCAGGCAGCUCGUCUGGGAGGUGGUCCCAAGGCUGCUGAGAGGAUGAAAAGCAAAGGCAAGCUCCUGCCUCGCGAACGAUUGAAUACUAUAUUAGAUCCGGGUUCCCCAUUUCUUGAACUUUCACCUUUGGCUGCCCAUGAUGUAUACCCUGGCCAAUCAAUACCUGGAGCAGGAAUAAUAACUGGCAUUGGUCGUAUAUCAGGGAGGGAAUGCGUUAUUGUUGUUAACGACGCGACAGUCAAGGGUGGAUCAUAUUACCCACUGACGGUGAAGAAGCAUUUACGCGCUCAAGAAAUCGCCCGGGAGAAUGGGCUUCCUUGUGUCUAUGUCGUGGAAAGUGGAGGCGCUGCCCUCCCAUACCAGGCUAAUGUUUUCCCUGAUAAGGAACACUUUGGAAGGAUAUUUUACAACAUGGCCCAAAUGUCUGCUCUGGGGAUUCCACAAAUUGCAGUAGUACAUGGAAUGUCUGUUGCUGGUGGAGCUUAUGUCCCUGCAAUGGCGGAUGAGAACAUCAUUGUGCACAAUCAAGGACACAUCUUUCUGGCUGGACCUCCGCUCGUCAAAGCAGCUACGGGAGAAAAUGUCGAUGCCGAAACCCUUGGAGGAGGAUUAAUGCAUUCAACUGAAAGUGGUGUGACUGAUCACCUAGCUCGCGACGAUGAGCAUGCCCUUGCUAUUGCCAGAGGUGUCGUUGGCGAUCUUGGAAAUGCUGGUAGAACAAUAUCACCCCCCGCUGCUACACCUGAAGACCCACUUUAUCCUUCAUCAGAUCUACAUGGUAUUGUUGGCACCGAUGUUCGUCAACCUUUCGACAUGAGGGAUGUCAUCGCUCGCAUUGUUGAUGGAAGCCGAUUCAGAGAAUUUAAAAAGGAGUAUGGGACCACUAUGAUCACGGGCUUUGCUAACAUACAUGGCUACGAAGUAGGAAUUGUAGCAAACAACGGAAUUCUGUUUUCUCCGUCCGCCUUGAAAGCGACACACUUCAUCCAGCUUUGUUCACAGCGUCAGAUACCUCUGCUCUUCUUGGUCAAUGUCACUGGUUACAUGGUUGGAUCCAAAGCAGAAAAAGGAGGCAUCGCGAAGGAUGGAGCGAAAAUGGUUCGCGCCGUCGCGUGUGCCGAUGUGCCAAAACUUACUGUUAUAGUCGGAGGAAGCUUUGGCGCCGGAAAUUACGGUAUGGCUGGACGUGCUUAUUCGCCACGAUUUUUGUGGAUGUGGCCUAAUGCCAAAGUAUCGGUCAUGGGUUCAGCUCAAUUAUCGUCGGUCAUGAAAACAGUUUCAGCGGAUCCUUCGCAGCAUAGCAGUCUGCAAGAUGAGAUUGAGGAGCAAUCGACGGCCCUCUAUUCGACCGCCAGACUUUGGGAUGAUGGUAUAAUCAAACCCACAGACACCAGAGAUGUUGUUGGACUUGGCCUUGCCAUUGUUUCCCGGGAAAGGAAAACGGAAAGUAGAUCACAUCAUAAAUCUACCACUUGGGAUGGUGAUGGCAAGGGAUUCGGUGUGUUCAGAAUACUCCUAAAAGUCGUCUUUCAUUUGAGAUGGCCAUCAAUGUCUGAGACUCUUCCAGGCAUUGAGCGUCUUCCUUUGCCGACCCAAGCCAAACUUCGUUCGACUCAAAUCUUGACCACUCUUCCCCAAAUAAUCUCCGAGCUAUUGCAGAACUCAAUAGACGCAAAUGCCACUCAUAUUGACAUCGGUAUUGAUUGCGCGCACUGGGCGUGUUGGGUUCGUGAUGAUGGACAUGGUAUAGCUAAAGAUGAUCUCGAGUUAAUGGGACAAAGUGGAAAUGCUGGACGAUACAGCAGUUCAAAAGAGUAUGUGCCAGGACUUGAGAACUCCCAUUCCACUUUCGGCUUUCGAGGGGAAGCAUUAGCCUCAGCUGCAGACAUAGCGUGCCUUGAGGUUUUCUCCAGAACAUCAAAGUCUAGAAACACGUGGUCUGUCAUCCUAAAGGGAGGUGAAGUUUUGUACAAAGGACCUGCAGUGCGAUGGAAAAGAGAAAAACCGGGGACCGUGGUUUACAUUCGAGAUAUAUUUUACAAUCUUCCGGUUCGCCGGCGAGCACAUACCCCUCCUCAUCGCACAUGGGAACUUGUUCGACGGGAAAUUGAGGCAUAUGCAUUAGUAUUUCCACAAAUUUCUUUUACUCUGGAAGAUAACGGUCGUUUGGAUGAUGAUGCUUCACUGCGCAAGGACCGUACAAUCCGGAUACCCAAGAAUACCGGCACUUUAGGAAGAUUCCAGCAUAUCUACGGACGUGCUUUGACGGAGCAUAUCGAACCAAUUGACAUCACUCGUGGAACCAUGAGAAUGGAAGGCUUCAUCAGUUUAAUUGGGGCACCUUCGAAAGCAAGGAAGCACCUAUAUUUAUCAAACCACUACACAGACAUUAACCGACACCCCAUCAUCAAUGACGAUCUUAUCCGAAUCAUAAACCAUGCAUUCGCCUCCAGUUCGUUUGGAAAAAAUGCCCUUGACGAGGAAGGGGAAACAAAUACUCGCUCAAUAACAAGACGUUCUCCUCGUAAAAUUGAAAAGAGGGCUGUCUAUGUCAUCAAUAUCUCCAUAUCGCCUGCAGACGUCGACAAUGGUUUUGGUCCAGAUAAAACUAUUGUCCAAUUUCGUAAUAAAUCGGAUGUCGCUUCCCUGUUGGCAUCGACAAUACAAUCUUUCCUGGAGAAGCAUAAUUUUUUGAAUCAACACUGUAACACUUUGGAGAACACACGAAGCGUGUCGCCCUCACCUCGGAAAAGGACAAAGCAGGACUUUGACGAUUCCGGAUAUGCAGAAUCGGAAUCUCUUCACGACCUCUGUCCCACAACUUCAUGCAAUGAUAAUUCACUUUUUACGGAACCACUGAACAACGCCUAUGUUCAGAAUCCGACCUCACAUGAGAUUAUUUGGGAAGAUCCUUGCACAGGAGAACGGUUCGCCAUAGAUUCGCGGACCGGAAAUUCGUACCGUCAGAUAGGAGGCCAUUCACAAGCCGAAAAAAACACGUCGGACUCAGCUGUCGUCAUACCGUACGAAGGCCGCCGAUGUACAAUUAGGCGGUACAAACCCAGCAAUGCGGCCAAUGCAACCACAGACGAUCCUGGACGGGAGUCAGUGCCUUCUUGGCUACAAAAAGCGCUUGAAAACAAUCGAGCUUACCCCGCUGCUGAAAGCAAAAUACCCUCAGUAAUUGACCCUCUGGUGCCGUACCAGCCAACAUCAGAUUUGAAGUAUAGUCGCCCUCAUAAUGAACAUGAAAAUGACGUAUUCCUUAGCACAUUUCCUCGUCAGUCUCUAGCAGAACAAUUUUUUAACCCAUCUUCUGCAUCUACGCAGCAAUUCACAAAACAUGACCUUCGCCAUGCCGAGAUUAUAAAUCAAGUCGAUCGAAAAUUCAUAGCCUGCCGUAUAUUACGCCACUCAGCUGCGUCGCAGCCCAGCUCUGUGGUAGUUCUUAUUGACCAACACGCCGCGGAUGAGCGUAUUCGUGUGGAGCGCUUCCUGAAGGAGCUUUUUCUAGGGUAUCUUAACACUGGAGAGCCUACUGAAGGCAACUCCGUUAGAGGAGUCCAAACUAGGGAAUUAAACCCUCCUCAACUAGUCCUUUUGACGUACCACGAGGCUCUCAUGAUAAAACGGUCACAGGAUACCCGAGAUGCGCUACGGAAUUGGGGUGUUCAAUUCGCGGAACUGUCGAAGGUUGUGCCAAACGGCGAUGAGACUUCGGAAUCCGGAGGUUGUAUUGGGUACUCACAGCUUCUGGUCAGUUCAAUUCCUGAGGUUGUGAGCGAUAAGCUUCUUCAAGGAGAUGAGCUGCGGGAUUUCAUCAAGGGAUUCCUAGCUCAAAUCCAAAGGGGCGAACUAAUCUCAGAUACUAGCUUAGAUUUUCCUUCCACAGAAGACCAGGAGGAAUUUCUCUGGUUGAAGGCUGUGCGACGAUGCCCUAGGGGUUUGCUUGAACUUAUAAAAUCAAAAGCCUGCAGAGGUGCUAUUAUGUUCAGUGACACUCUGUCAAUAUCCCAGUGUGAACACCUGGUAAAGCAGUUAUCUUACACCGCGUUCCCGUUCCAGUGCGCUCAUGGACGGUUCGUUUUCAUGAAAUAUAUUACUCUGAAAUUUAUGUAUGACAAUUUCGCGGCGUAUCCUUCUUCUAGGCCGUCUCUUGUACCUUUGGCCGAGACCAGGAUGCUCAAUGCAAAAUCAUAUACAAGUGCAAGCCGUCGGAGCGACUGGGCGCGAUUUACAGCCAUGACGGAUGCGUAA